CUCACACGCACACCUUAUAAAUAUCGCGAGGCGAGGCCCGUCCGGAGGAAAAUUGGUUGAUACUUCUUUUCUUCUUCCGCCUGUUGUGUGUGUUUCACGUGGUGCGCCUAGCUGUGUUCGCGAGAAGUGCGCGGCGCCAGGUUUCCUGGCUCUCGACGACAGUUGGCGACAUCCUCUUCACUCGUCGUCUCGUCUUACACUUGUCGUCGUCGACUAGUGAGACGUCUUCAGCUGCCAUGGACAAGCGCACGGUCAUUGCCCUAUUGGCCGCGAUAUCAGCGGCGCAGGCAUACAUCAUUCAGCACAUAAAUCCUUACUCUCACGACGUGGCACAUGGCAAAGUGUACAUUCAUGGCAAAGUGUUCGUUCCUUACCCGGCCUACUUCGGCCACAUACCCUUCGGGCACCACCCACACUUCGUGCGAACGCAGGUGUUCGUCAUACCUCACGGACAUCAUCCGGCCGGAAAACCCUCGGUUCCGGGUGCAAUACCCGGCCACCAUCCGGGCGACGGGCCCGUUUACCCGCCGCAUUUUCCUGGCGUACCGGGAGUGAUUCCGGAUAGCGGACCCGGAAUCAGCAUACCGCCUCCUGCCGAGCCCAGGCCGGAUGGAGGUCCGCUUCCAGGUGGGCCUGGCGCUCCGAUGCCGCCUAGCCCCGAGUGCACUGUUUGUAAUGUCGGAGGAGGGCGCGGUGAUGGCGGCCCCAAAGGUAACGGUGGACCGGUACCGAUACCGGACGAAGGCGGCCGAGAUGACGAGGGUGCGAUGCCUGGGGAGAGUCCGAGGGCGGGCGUGCCUCCCCCAGCCGACGGGGCACCGAAACCGGAAGAACCAGUACCGGAAACACCAAAGCCGGAAGCGCCAGCACCGGAAACACCAAAGCCAGAAGAGCCGGCACCGGAAACAACGCCAAAGCCGGAAGAGCCAGCACCGGAGACACCAGCAACCGAAGAGCCCAAGCCGGAGGAACCAGCACCGGAGGAGCCGAAGCCCGAAGAACCAACACCGGAGGAGCCGAAGCCCGAAGAAGAGCAAAAACCAGAAAGAGAAGAGCCCAAGCCGGAUGAAGAAAAGUCUAGCGAGGAAGACGCAGCCCAGACCACAGAGCAAAACCCGUCCGUUGACGAACCACCUCCGGCGCGUCUCCUGCUGCCGAAAAAAGGUGGUACGCUCGUUCGAUAGCCCUAUUAGUCUUUGCUAGUACGUGCGCCUAGCACUCGCGCAGGCUGCGAGUGUCGAGACUGAUUGUUUUUUUUUUUCACCGUACGAGCGUACGAAUGUGGGCAUCUUUUAAUUCUAGAAGGUGCGCAGGUUCCACCACCAAAAGAAAGCGGGUAUGUGUGUACCUCAAGUGCCGAAGGCCCUCGCAGUGAUAUUUAGGCUCGAGGCUCCGCGUUGGGCAUUACGACAAUGACUAGAAUAAAAGCGGAGUUGAAGCCACGUUUUUGUUUUUUCAAUAAAUUGUGGCCCCUAUCGUCCCCGAA